GGGAAGCUUCCUCAUUGGACCCCCCCUCUCUCUCUCUCUGACAUAUGAUCCCGGCGACUCUCUCUCUCUCUCUUACAUAAGAUCCCGGCGACAUGGAUGCAGCUGAGGAACACAUAGUGAUGCUCCCCUUAAUGGCCCACGGCCACCUAAUCCCUUUUCUAGCACUCGCUCGACAAAUCCACCAAACCACCAACUUCACCAUCACCAUCGCCACCACCCCUCUCAACACCGCAUACCUCCGCUCCGCCGUCUCCUCCGACCCAACCCUCUCCCACUCCCCCCGCCUCCGCCUCGCCGCCCUCCCCUUCAACAGCUCCGACCACAACUUACCCCCAAACACUGAAAACACCGAGUCCCUCCCCCUCAACCAAAUCAUCAACCUCUUCCACUCCUCCGCCGCCCUCGAACCCCCCUCCCACCGCCUCGUCGCCGACAUCGCCGCCCAAGAAGGCCGCCCCCCCAUCUGCAUAGUUUCCGACGUCUUCAAUGGCUGGGCUUCAAGAGUCGCCGAGAGGAUCAACACGACCAACGUCUGUUUCUCCACUGGCGGCGCUUACGGCACCGCAGCCUAUAUGUCGGUGUGGCUAAACCUCCCUCAUAAGUUCACGGACACCGACGAAUUCCCCGUGCCGGGUUUUCCCGAUUCCUGCCGCUUCCAUCGCUCUAUGCUUCACCAAUUCAUUAGAGCAGCCGACGGUAGCGAUUCGUGGUCGAGGUUUUUCCAAACCCAAAUUUCACUUUCCUUGAGAUCUUCCGGUUGGCUUUGUAACACGGCAGAGGAAGUUGAAGUUUCGGGUAUGGAAAUUCUGAGGAAAUAUAUCGGAAAACCGGUUUGGAGUAUCGGGCCUCUUCUCCCUCCAGCUAUGCUAAAUUCCAAUUCAUCUACGUUAACCCAGCACAGUGGGAAAGAAUCUGGGAUUUCAACCCAGAAAUGCAUCGAAUGGCUCGACUCGAAACCGAAGUCCUCCGUAGUUUACAUUUCAUUUGGGUCACAGAACACAAUAAGUUCAUCCCAGAUGAUGGAGUUAGCCAAGGGUUUAGAACAAAGCGGGAAGCCAUUCAUUUGGGUGGUAAGGCCUCCGGUUGGGUUUGACCAAAAAGGGGAAUUCAGAUCCGAAUGGUUACCCGAAGGAUUCGAAGACCGAGUUUUGGAUGGGAAACAGGGGUUGUUGGUGAGGAAAUGGGCGCCACAGUUGGAGAUUCUGCAACACAAGUCGACCGCGGCGUUUUUGAGCCAUUGCGGGUGGAAUUCGGCAAUGGAGGGGUUGAGCCAGGGGGUGCCGAUAAUAGGGUGGCCAUUGGCGGCGGAGCAGGCGUACAAUGCGAAGAUGAUGGUGGAUGAGAUGGGGGUUUGUGUGGAGCUGGCGAGGGGAGUGGGGAGUGGGGUUGAGGCGGAGGAGGUGAGGAAGGUGGUUGAGUUGGUGACGGAGGAGGGAGGGAAAGGAGGGGAGAUGAAGAGGAAGGCGGUUGAAAUUGGAGAGACAAUGAAGGCUGCGAUGAGAGAGGAGGGAGGUAGGAAGGGGUCUUCUUUGAAAGCAAUGGAUGAUUUUGUUUCUGCAAUUGUCUCUACUGCUGCUGAGAGGGGGAGGAGGAGAUCAAAUGGGGUGGCGACAGGUUGAGAUUUGGACACAAGUCCCUGGGAUUUAGCCCAAUUUUUUUACUGCUUCCCGAAGUCUAAGAACAUGACUUCCGAGCUGUAUUCAAAACUGUUCGACUUACCCGGAUGAUUUGUUAGUGCUAUCUAUUUGGGUUUUCAAGUCAAGAUGAAUUCAAAAAAUUAAGAAAACCUAGAGAAGGACAAAAAAAUCCUACCAAAAAUCAUGGAAAAGAUAAGUUGAAGUUUGCUUUCCUCGCUUUCAUUUCAAUCUUCUUUCAUUUCUGUAAGUAAUUAUCCCUUGUUAUAUUCCUUUCUCCUUCACUCUGUUUUUCAUUAAAGAGAAUAAGAGUCACUUUUUAAAAA